AUGAAAAUAUCUAAAGAUAAUAAAAGUAAAUUCAAACAAUUAGUAGAAACAUAUCAAGAUAUAAUUGCUGAAUGUAACGAUUCAAAUUUAAAUGAUCAUAUAUUAAACGAAGAAUUAGAUUUGUGGUACACUAAAUAUUCAAAUUUAACAUCUUAA